GAUUCACGUGUCCAGUUGUACGCUAGAGAAAUGAAAAAAAAUUAUGUUACGAUGCUGGCUCUCUUGAUGUGGUACUUUAUGAAGUCAACACAUGUAUCAGGAGUGAAAAAUAUUACACACGGUGUAUCGAGGCAUAUACGAUCUAUCGGAUUUCCCGAGGGUAGCGCUUCAGGGAUAUUCUUCGCUCUGGGAAUUCCCAUAGAUAUUCCAGACAAAUCUAUAGCGGUGUCGUUUUAUUUCGAAGCGAAUUACGGAUUGCCAUACAAAUGGAAUUCGAGUUACUUCUACGAGGGAAGUUACUAUGCAAAACGAAGUCUCAGUCGUCAACUAGUAUACAAGGUGUUCACCAGUAAAAUGGACAGCCUGGGUUAUCCUGGACUUGAUUGCUUGCUGAGAACAAUCUGCGAAGCUGAGAGAUACUCCUUAAAUGAAAACGGAGUGCUCGGCGACAUCCUUCAAAUUAUAUUCACACCCUCUAUGUCAAUGAGCGAAGAUCUUCCAGAUGAGAUUGUGGAAGCCGAACGUGAGCAGCACUGCGAUCAGCGUUACAAAAAAUGUCCUGUGAAUCUUUUAGAUCUAAUAAGCCAUUAUAUCGAUAAAUAAUAAUUAAAAAAACUUUGCGUAAUUGCAUUGCACCGAGAAUAUCUAAAAAGUUCAAUUCAUACAACCAAAUUGAAAGAAGAUCGUGCGAAAUGUCUGCUGUAAAUUUUAUCAGAGAUGUUGAUAUGUCUUAUAUGUGAUCUGUUGUACUAAAUAAUAUAUAAAACGAUAAAUUAACGAAAUAAAUUGAAUAAAUCAACAACUAACCUGGAACAAAUGAAUAGCAAAAAUCAUAAAAAUUGGGAAUGUUUUAAUUCGUUUUCUUCGCAAUUAGUUUGCGUUGUUUAUGCUUACUCAAUAUUGUUUAUUAUAUACUAUUAUUGUACUGUAUACAUAAUAAAAUUAUAUAUAUACGUAUAUGUAUA